AUGAACUUCGAUGGCGGCACCGCCUACGCCGAGUCGGACGCCGACGACGAGUACGAGCGAAGCAUAGGGGACCGCUCCCCCGUUGGCGACUCCGAGGCCUCCCCCAUCGACUCCGAACUGUCCACGUCGGCCGAACACACGCCCACCACAUAUGCCCACCGCGCCAGCGCCGACAGGCUCCCCGAGACCAUCAUCACCGAGUGGACCGCUGACGAGUGCGCCGACUUCAUCGGCACCAUCGGCCUGCCUCAGUAUGCUGAUCGAUUCGUCGAAAACGAAAUCGUCGGCGAGGCGCUCGUGGCGCUGCAACACGACGACCUGAAGAGCAUGGGCAUCGCUAGUGUCGGCCACAGGUUGACCAUCUUGAAGAGCGUCUACGACGUCAAGAAAGCACAAGACGUACCCAUCGAGAGCGAUCACUACCUGCCAUUGUCUGCCGACGCCGAAGCACAGUACGCCACGGCGACCCUGAAAGACAUCAAACAUCUAGUCGAGCAGCUGCGCCUACGAGACGAGCGGAUGAGUCUACUGGAACAAGAUUUACGGCGGAUGACGGACGACUUUCGACGCCUUCGCGAAGACAUGCUCCCAGCCUUACGCCUCGUCAAAGACGCGCAACAACCGCUGCCUAACCUGAGCGGCAGCGGAGCAUACACGUUCGAACCGACCAUCUCACCACCAGGUCCAACUCCACCUCCCGGCCAGGGCCCCGGCCCCGGCGUCAUGCGAUCGUACUCGCAGCGGAAGAUUCUCAUCGGGGCGACGCCCAAAGGCAACUCGCCGACACAACCAUCACACGAGAGGACGAUAGCCGAGCAGACACUGGAUCCUGCCAGCGCGGCGGAAAGGGCCGUCAUGUCGUCCUCGCACCUUGCAGCCAUGAACGGCGGCGGCCAGAACUCAGCAUACCCCUCUCCAAACAUGCCCUCCCCGACGUCACCGCAAAACCAUCUCAGCGGCGCGACCCUGGCUUCUCGAUCAUAUCGCGGCGACUCCAUCGUCACUUCGAACAGAACGACGUUGAACGAGACGGAUCACUCAACCUAUGGUGGGCGCGAGAAGCUGUCGAGUGGGGUGCCGCCGAGACGAAGGGAGACGCCGGUACCAGACACGCCGAGCACAAGCAAUGCCUCGGUCGAGAUAUUCAAGUCCUUCCGCGUGAGCAUGGACGACCCGUGCCACAAGGUGCUUCCAGCCGCCCUCAAAAAGUAUCAAAUCAAUGCACCGUGGGACCAGUAUGCGUUGUACAUUGUGUACGGCGAUCAAGAGCGCUGUCUCGGCAUGGACGAGAAACCCUUGAUCUUGUUCAAGCAGCUAGACAAGGAAGGAAAGAAGCCCAUGUUCAUGUUGCGAAAGACAAACAGCGCGCAAGUGGACGAUCCCGGGAGCGGCGGUAUGGGAGGCGCAGCACGCGGGGCGGCCACUGGAUACGACCCCCCAGGUGGUAUCAUAUGA